AUGGCGAGCGGUCCGCUGGUCUUCAUCCACCCCGCGAUCGAGGAAGGUUCCGCCAACUCACCUUCCUCCGGCCACAAUAAAUCGGAGGAUGUGGUGCUGCGACGUGUGGGCGACGCCUACUUCUAUUGGAAUGCCCCCACUGCUCCCAACCAGACAAAACAGCAGGCCACUGCCUCCUCCACAUGGGAUCUCUCCGCCGAUCACCUCCUCUCCACAGACUGGUUUAGCUCUCCUCGAGGUCACUCUGACCCGAAUCUUCAGUACGUUCACACAUUGGAGCGUCCCAAUGCUGCUUAUGAGGCAGUCACUAGAUGCCUCAAUUACCUUAACCUCAACUCCAUCAGGAAAAAUCCCCCGUCUUCCUUCUCCACGGAGCUCACCUUCAACAACUGUAUGUGCGGCUCAUCAGCCAAUUCCUCCUCCGCCAUUGGUCCAACCCCCUGUUCUCCCACUCCUCCCUCCGCAGGCACUACUACGAUGACACCUAAUGGCCACUGGGUCUUACCAUGGCAACCAGGUCAACGAAAUUCACAUGGCCUCAACAAUGAGGAGGACUUCUUCAACUCGCGCUCCUUCUUUGCCAACGUCGGUAGCAUGGCAACCACUAUUGUGAAUAACCGUGGAGGAUUUUUCCCCCCACCACCCGCACCAACGACGCUGCCGCCGUCCACCCUAUUGACGACCAAUUCCUUUGAAGGUGCACCGUUUCUGCGACAAGUCUCCGGCAAGACACAGAGUGGUGUGGAAGUACCCUCAUCGAUUACGCGUCUCCCUGGAGCCAAUGGGUCCUCCUCUACCUCCACCUCUGCUGCGGGUAAUCGAAUAACCUCCACCAAUUCCUUGCAAGCGGCGGUCUUUCCACGACGCGAAGGAACAAUCUCGCCAUUGAAUCGUCGCUCCUCUGCAACAGAAUGUGUGAACAAACCCGUUCGCCCUUCUUCCGACACCAAUGUCAUCUCUCUCACUGACAAUCCUGGCGCCCCCAUGCUGAAGACGGACAGCACUCUUUCACUGGACACAGAUGCGCGUACGAAGGCUUGCUGCUUUUGCUGGUGCUGUUGCUGCUCCUGCUCAUGGCGGUUGGCUGGAAGCGGUGGGAGUCGGCUUGACCGGGAUAGUCGUAGACGAAUGGUGGUCUGCCUGACUGUGGCUAAGGCUCCCAUCGUCGUAUUCCUCUGUGGCUACAGUCCGCCGUAG